GUAAAAGGAGGAGGACCAGAGAUGGGUGACUACAUGGAAACUCUAAAGGAUGAAGAGGAUGCCCUUUGGGAAAAUGUGGAGUGCAACCGCCAUAUGCUAAGCCGGUACAUCAAUCCAGCCAAGCUGACCCCUUACCUGCGCCAGUGUAAGGUCAUCGAUGAACAGGAUGAAGAUGAAGUGCUCAGUGCUCCCAUGUUGCCUUCCAAGAUCAACCGAUCAGGCCGACUUUUGGACAUUCUUCAUACCAAAGGAGAAAGAGGAUACGUGGUCUUCCUGGAGAGCCUGGAGUUUUAUUAUCCAGAACUCUAUAAGCUGGUGACAGGGAAGGAGCCCACCCGAAGGUUUUCUACUAUUGUUGUGGAGGAAGGCCAUGAAGGCCUCACCCACUUUCUAAUGAAUGAAGUCAUCAAGCUGCAACAACAAAUGAAAGCCAAGGAUGUGCAACGCUGUGAGCUCCUUGCCAAGUCCCGCCAGUUGGAAGAUGAAAAGAAACAGCUGACUCUGACCCAAAUGGAGCUGAUGACUUUCCAGGAGAGGUACCAAAAGAUGAAGGAGGAGAGAGACAACUACAAUGAUGAGCUGAUCAAAGUGAAGGAUGACAAUUACAACUUGGCAAUGCGUUAUGCCCAGCUGAGCGAGGAAAAGAACAUGGCGGUGAUGAGGAGCCGGGACCUCCAGUUAGAGAUUGACCAACUGAAGCACCGGUUAAACAAGAUGGAGGAGGAAUGCAAGCUGGAGAGGAAUCAAUCGCUCAAACUUAAGAACGAUAUAGAGAAUCGGCCCAAAAAGGAGCAGGUUCUAGAAUUGGAGAGGGAGAAUGAGAUGCUGAAAACGAAAAUUCAGGAGUUACAAUCAAUUAUUCAGGCUGGAAAACGCAGCCUGCCAGACUCAGACAAAGCUAUUUUGGAUAUCCUGGAACACGACCGGAAAGAGGCUCUGGAAGACAGACAAGAGUUGGUCAACAAGAUUUAUAACCUGCAGGAAGAGAUGCGUCAGGCUGAAGAGCUAAGAGACAAGUACCUGGAAGAGAAAGAAGACCUGGAAUUAAAGUGCUCAACCCUGGGGAAAGACUGUGAUAUGUACAAACACCGCAUGAAUACCGUGAUGAUCCAACUGGAGGAAGUUGAGAAAGAGCGAGACCAGGCAUUCCAUUCUCGUGAUGAAGCACAGACACAAUAUUCCCAGUGUUUGAUUGAGAAGGACAAGUACAGAAAGCAGAUCCGAGAGUUGGAGGAGAAAAAUGAUGAACUGAGGAUUGAGAUGGUCCGGAAGGAAGCCUGCAUUGUGAACUUAGAGAGCAAAGUACGACGCCUUUCCAAAGACAGCAAUGGCCUUGACCAGAGUCUCCCCAGGAAUCUGCCUGUAACUAUUAUCUCUCAGACCUUUGGAGAUUCCAGCCCUAAGGCCAAUGGUCAGGAGGCAGAUGAUUCAUCAACUUCUGAGGAUUCACCAGAGGACAGCAAGUACUUCUUACCCUACCACCCCCCAAAGCGGAGAAUGAAUUUGAAGGGCAUUCAGCUGCAAAGAGCUAAAUCCCCCGUCAGCAUGAAGCGGGCAUCAGACUUUCAAGGUUAUAUAGUUGAAGAAGACACCGACAGUUUUGGAUUUGAUGCCUUAGACUUAGAUGAUGACAACCAUGACCGCUAUUCCUUUGGACCCCCCUCCAUCCAUUCUUCUUCCUCUUCCCACCAGUCUGAAAGCCUGGAUGCCUUUGAUCUUGAGCAAGUCAACUUCAUGUUUAGGAAAUUUUCUCUGGAAAGACCUUUCCGUCCCUCUGUCACAUCUGUUGGUCACAUCAAGACCACAUGCCAUCCAGUACAGCAUACAACCCUGAACGGAGAUAACCUCAUCACUGAAAUCACCCUGCUGGGGGGAAAUGAUCGAGGCAGCUUCAUUCACUCUGUCAAGCCAGGAUCCCUGGCGGAAAAAGAAGGCCUCCGGGAGGGACACCAGCUGCUACUGCUGGAGGGCUGCAUCAAAGGCGAGAAGCAGAGCGUUCCCUUGGAUACUUGCACAAAGGAGGAAGCACACUGGACAAUUCAGAGAUGUAAUGGCCCCGUCACACUGCACUAUAAAUUCAACCAUGAAGGUUAUCGGAAGCUGCUAAAGGACAUGGAUGAUGGCCUGAUCACAUCAGGGGACUCAUUUUAUAUUCGGCUAAACCUGAACAUCUCCAGUCAGCUUGAUUCCUGUUCUAUGUCAGUGAAGUGCGAUGAAGUUGUACAUGUCCGUGACACGAUGCACCAGGAUAAAUACGAGUGGCUAUGCGCUCGGGUUGACCCAUUCAACAACAGGGAUCUGGAAAUGGGAACUAUCCCCAGUUACAGCAGAGCCCAGCAACUCCUUUUGGUGAAGCUUCAGAGGCUGAUGCAUAGAGGGAAUAGAGAGGAAACCGAGAACUCUCACCACACACUAAGAGCACUACGGAAUACUCUGCAGCCUGAGGAGCCUCUUGCAAUGAAUGACCCCCGGGUGAGCCCCCGUCUCUCAAGAGCCAGCAUCCUUUUUGGCCAGCUCAUACAGUUUGUUAGUCGAUCUGAAAACAAAUACAAGAGGAUGAACAGCAAUGAACGAGUCCGCAUCAUCACUAGCGGCCACCCAGGGAAUUUGGCCCGGGCCUCGCUUGACGUUAUGAAGCCCUUGUCAGAGAAGCAUGAAGAUGUAGAUUCUGAAAAUGAUCUCAACAAGAGCCUCAACCUGAUCCCGUACAGCCUGGUACACUCUUUCUACUCUGAGCGGCGACGGCCCGUCCUCUUUACCCCCACCAUGCUAGCCAAAACCUUGGUACAAAAGCUGCUGAAUUCUGGAGGAGCCAUGGAGUUCAACAUGUGCAAGCCAGGUCAGAAGUAUUUUCCAGCUGAUGUCCUGACCCGCACGUGGCUCUCGAAACUGCUGCCCAGGCCAGAGACGGAGGAGGAAUUUUUAAGGGUGUGCCGCCAGAAGGAGAAAGAGCUAGAAGCCCUCCCCUGUCUCUAUGCCUCCGUGGAGGUCGACAUGUGGAGCAGCGUGGAGGAUUUAAUCCGAGUCAUCAAGGAGAAGAUAGGAGAGGAGCAACGCAAAACCAUCUGGAUUGAUGAAGAUCAGCUGUAAACCAGGCCUCCCUCAUGUUGAACUGGGCUUGUCAGUGAUGGGCAGGCCCUGACCAAGCAGAGUUUGGGCAGGUAGAGUCCCCCUGGGGCAUUGCCCGGGGCUCCCCAGUGCUCCUCUGCCAGCUCUGUUUUCGGGCUGCAGAUGGAGCAAACACAGAUGGGAGGACCUACUUGGGCCUCUGGGUAAUGGAAGCCCCAAGGACUGAACUUCCCCCUUGGUAAGUUGUCCCACCCCAGGACUCCACUCCCCUCCCUUCCCCCCUGGCCCAGGGGCAACAGCAGCUGUUUUAACCGUGAGAAUGGAAGAAAAAGUGGGAGGGAGUUAGGAGUAAUUUAUUCCACAUACUGCCUGGACCCCAUCCCAGUCGUUUAGCACUCCUGACGUUAUCAGAGCCCAGAAAUCUUCAGGGAGACACGGACUCAGCCAAAGGACAUCGAAUCUAAGGCCUCUGGGUCUCCUUCCAGACCAGACUAGCAAUUGAAUGUAAUUCACCAGGGACUCUGCUCUUCGUCCAGUCAUCCUGGGCACCCCUUAAAGCAAGACCACUUCUCUCCUGUGUGGUCCUUUCUGUGGGGUACCUGUGUGGGUAGCCUGGCCAGGCUGGAGUGAAAGAGAAAUGCUGCAUUGUCCUAGUGUUUGUUUUUUGCAUUAAAGUACCCUAAAUCCUGAA